AUGAGUGCUGACAUACGUAUCUUACAGCACAACCUAAACAGGGACGGCACGGCUAGCCACCAGCGCCAUCUGAAAAUAGUACAACAUAAUCUUAACAAGGAUAGAGUAGCGAGUCACCAGCUAAGGCAGUGGUGCAGAGCCCAACGUGUCGACUUUGCCCUGAUUCAAGAACCUUUGGUUCAGAACGGCAGGAUCUAUGCCUUUGAAAACUGCAGACAAUUCCAUCUUAGCAGCAAAUCGGGUGCGGCAAUAAUUGUCCUCACGGAGAGAUUUCAAGUUAUCAGUCUUGGUACGUACAACUCGAAUUAUGCCACAGUUAUAAGAGUCUCGUUUGGCAAAGGGCCCCGCGACUUUAUAGUCCUGGUGUCUGCGUACUUUAAGUACAAUGUUCCCACCAUCCUACAUACCGAACGUUUGGACCAGAUCCUUAACAAGGAAAAACGGGUCCUCGUAGGCGCGGACACCAAUGGCCAUUCCAAGCUAUGGCACGCACAGAAGAGAAACAAACGAGGUAGGAUUAUAGAAGAACUCAUAGAGAAAUACGAACUCACGGUCCACAAUGUCCAAGGUAAAAUUAAUACUUACGACCGGGAAAAUAUGGGAUCAUCCAACAUUGAUGUUACAAUGUCCACCGCUGACAUAAAAAAUAAGAUAAAAAACUGGGAUGUAAAAAAUGUCACAGACAGUGAUCACAGGGUGCUUAGCUUCGAGCUAGCCAUAGACGGACCUCGAAUGGAGAAAACGACCUCCCCUCGGUUCAAUGUCCGCACCGCAGACUGGGACUUGUUCCGCAGCACUCUUGCGGCGGAAGUUGGUGGCAUUCCCGAAACUGAUAUAAACUGCAUGGCAGAGGGCAUUGACCGUGCAAUAAAACAAGCGGCAAAUCGUUCGAUGGAAAAAUGUAGGUCCAGAAAUCCGCUGGGCAAAAAUAUCUGGUGGUCACCCGAGCUCUCGACUCUGAGACGGGACUUGACCCGAGCCAGGCGACAAGGCCUUAGAGCGCAAGACCGUCCUGUGUACAACGCCAUGCGUAAUAAUUUUCUAACAGAAAUAAGAAAACAAAAAAUGGCCGCUUGGAAAGUGUUCGCCAAUGACAUAAAUGAGAAACAGUGGGGCAAGGCUUUCAAAUGGGCGAAGAGCGGCAGUAAAAGGGAUAACUCCGUUCCUAGCACCCUAAUUUGCCCAGACGGCAACAGCACGAGAGACUGCCGUGAAACAGCGGAGCUCAUAUUGAACACGUUUGUACCCUCGGACCCUGACCAGGGUGACUGGCAACACAUCGGCCCUCUGGAAGUUAAGGAGAGACCCGAUCCUUCUGACAUUAAAGCGGCCAUUUGGCGAAUAAAGCCCUCCAGUGCACCGGGAGGUGAUGGAAUAACGGCAGGGAUGCUAAGGAAGGCAUGGCAAGUUCUCUGGGGGCCGAUCACCGACCUGUUCGGUAGAUGUUUAUCAGAAGGUAAAUUUCCUGAGCCAUGGAAAAAGGCCAGACUGGUGAUUAUUCCCAAGCCCGGCGGUGGUGAGAAGGACAGACCCAAAUCCUACAGGCCGAUAAGCCUCCUUCCAGUAUUGGGCAAAGCACUGGAAACUUUAAUAAUAAAGGCAAUCGAUACAGAGACCAACCUUAACUCGUUCAGUGAGCAACACGGGUUCACCAUCGGCAAAUCCACGUCAACUGCCAUUGAAAAUCUAUAUACGUGGGUCGAUGCCUCCAAGGCUAGGCACGUUUUCGGGACUUUCCUUGACAUAGCUGGUGCAUUCGACAAUGUUAAGUGGGCACCGCUACUGGAACAACUGAGGACGUUGGGUGCGUCACUAAACACCCUUAGCAUUGUGAACUCGUACCUGACGAACAGGUGGGCCGAUUACGAGUUGGAAAAUGUACAUUAUAGCAAAAAGCUAGAAAGGGGCUGCCCGCAGGGAUCCCAGCUAGGGCCCACGCUGUGGAAAGUGGCCAUUACCCCCAUAUAUAGCACGGCUAAGGGUGCCACAAUGAAAAUAAUAACAUAUGCGGACGACAUACUAUUAUUGGUCGGAGCCGCGAGACCACCAACCGCCUUCAAAAGGAUCGAAGGUGCACUCGACCUUCUGUCAAGUUGGGCAUCCUUGUAUGCGCUGGAAUUCUCGGCUAGCAAAAGCCAACUGUUGUCAAUAAAAGGCGGCCUCAAACCGGGAUACUCCGUCGGCUUUGGUACAGCGCCUGACGCCGCCAGAAUCGAAUCGACUGCAACGGCGAAAUAUUUGGGUGUUAUCCUGGACCCCAGGCGGAGUUACUGGGCUCACAUAGAGGCCAUCAGCAAAAAGUCAAAAGACAUGUAUAGGCGACUAAGGGCACUCAGGUCGGCAAACUGGGGACUUAGCAGGACCACAGCACGUAUCAUUUACAAAGGCGUCUUCUUGCCCAGAAUAACUUAUGCGGCUGAGGCGUGGAAGGACGGCACAAAGUUAGUAAAAAGCCAGAAGGUGCUAAACAGCGCACAGAGAGCCCCGCUGCUAGCCAUCACAAGUGCAUAUAAGACGGCUUCAACGAACUGCCUUGCAGUGGUUGCGGGUACACUACCACUUGACCUUGAAAUCUGA